AUGGAUCCGCAGUCGCCGCCAAAGAGGAUGACGCGCGCGCGGGCUGCGGCAAAGUCGACGAACCGCGUCGUCACGGCCGCUGCCAAGGCCAAAACGGCCCGCACAACAGCCACGACAUCGACAACGACAACGACGAGCACAACCAAAAGCACGCGCAAGAGGAAGACCCCGUCGGAGGAUGAGGAGGACGACCAUGAGAUGCCGCCAGCUAAGAAAGUGACUCUCACCGCCGCCACCACCAAGGCCACGCGGGGUCGUGGCCGUCCAAAGAAAGAGACGGUCGCCCCUUCAGCAGCACCGACAUCAGUCUCUCAACCUGUCCCGGAUGAAACAGCAGCUGCACCAGCCGCACGCGGCCGCGGUCGACCCAAGAAGACAACAGUAGAGCCUGCUGUUGAAGAGCCUGCAAAGACAACGGCGAGGGGAACACGAACCAAGAAGACUGCGACGGAACAGACCACGACGUCCAUUGCCCAGGAGGAUCCUGUGAAGAAGACGGCUCGUGGCAGGCCGGCUGCUGCGGCAAGGGCAACAACAACAGCAUCAACCACUACAGCAGCUACUGCUUCUAAGCCCCUUGCUAAACCUGCGGUUAAAAAGACCGUCAAGUUCGAGGAGCCCGAGAAGGAAAACAUCAUUCCUGAUGAUGCCGCAGUCCCAACAGCACGGGGCACGGCCACAAAGGCAACACCUACCACCGCUGCGGGUGGUCUCCGGGGCAAGCCGAUUCGGAAAGCCGGCGGUUCAGCGACGGCUCGGGGUGCUCGCGGGACUAAAGCAGCGAACAACACCAGUGACGCGACGGAGAACGGAGAGAAGCCGAUGCCGCUGAGCCCUAAGAAGUUGAAUCAACUCACGGUCAACCGCGCCGCCGAGUCGGAUGACGAGCUCGGUAUGGAGGAGAAAGUCCCCGUCCAGCGGUUCAAGAAGCUUCCUAUCAAGCCUACCUCGGGCACGCACAAGACAUCCGCGAAGUCGCAAGCGACCGUUGCCACCAACAAAGACGAGGAUGCGCUGAGCGGCGGUGUUGGCAAUAUCAGCCGGCCUGAAACGGAGGUUAACCUGAUGCUAGCCACACCAGCAAAGCGACUGCCGCCCACGCCGUGGAAGGGUAGCAUCAACUCACCUGCCAAACGGGUGGAAGGACUCCUCCUGGGAUCUGAAGCACAGAACGAGGGAAAAACCCCCCAGGUCUCGACCAAGGCUGGGCUUCUGCAGUCCCCGGCCAAGCGACAGCCGCUCAACCUGAACCCCGGCGGUGGUCAUGAUAAUGCCCACGGGUUCAACACUUCCCCGGUCAAGCUCUCUUUCCUGUCGUCCCCUGCCAAGCGCCCGCCCAUCUCACCCAUUAAGCUUCUGCCCAAGCGCAUCGAGGAACAAGAAGAGGAGGAGGAAGAGCCGAUGAACCGGACUCCUGCGCCAAAGCCUACCCUACUUGCCAGCCCCACGCCGCAGCGCAAGACUCCUGAGCCUGUGGCCGACUCGGAGGAUGUGGACGCUGAUAUUGACGUUGACGGCAACGAGGUGAUACCUGACUCGCCGACGAGACCCAGUUUCCAAGGCAGGAUGUCAGCUGUCCUGCCCCGGCACGCGGACCCGACCUUGACGCCUCCUGUGGUGCUCACACCGGGGAAGAUGGAAGAGCACGAGGACAAGGCUGAGGAAGCGAAGGAGGAGAAAGCGGAGGAGCACGAUGAGGCUGAAGAGGUGCAAGUUCCUGGCGAACGGAUGGUCCUCGAUGAUGAACCAGUCGAGGCGCCGGCUGACUUGUCCCUCUCAACCACGCCCCCUUCGUCUCCCCCGAAAAUCGCCAACCCCAUGUUUGGGCUCCGGGACAAGGAUCUGCAGGCGUACGAAUCGGAGUCGGAGGACGAUUCGCCCGUGAAAAAGCCCCAGCGUACUUCGGCGUUCAGCAACUUGCCGGCAACGCCUUGCCCUGCUUCCGCGAGAAGACUCAGGACCGCGCAAUCCGCGAACCGUUCCACGGCCAAAAAGACCAAGAACGAGGAGCCCCUUGGAUUCACCCCGCUUGCUCAGCAGCUGAAUGCGUGGUCUGCGGGUGAGAGCCCCCUGAUGACGCGCAACGGUAUGGCUUCUCCGGUAACGCAAGGCUUCCCAUUGGCCGAAGUUCCGACGGAGGAGGUCCCCAAUGUCGAACGCAACGGGCCCAUUACACCGUCGGAGCCAGCGGAAAACAACUUUUUCGAAGACGAAAUGGUCGUCCGCCCCGAUUCCAUGGAUGUUGAUGUUGACGAAGAAGACGCGGCCACAGAGGUAGCGGAUGACGAGCAGGUGGUCCUGGAAGACUUGUCGUUUACCGAGGAAGACAUGGAGCUGGCCGCAGAGGCGAACGAGAUGUCGCUCAUGGAGAAGGACCCAGCCAGCCCCCAUGCUGCUGUCCCCAGCCAGGAAGGUGAUGACGAGGAAAACGACAACGACAACGACGAGACCAUCUCCGAGGCGAGCCAGGAGUAUGCCAAUGAGAACGCCGUACCCAACGACCCCACGCUUACCACUGCCCACAACAGUAGUCCUCGCCGCAACAGCCGCCGCCUAAGUGUCAUUCCUCACUCUCCGGCUGCCGCUAGCCCUAGUGCUGUCGCUGUCGCUGUCGCUCCCACUCCCGCUCCCGCUCCCACUGGGCCUGUCACGCCGCAGCGUGUGCUGCGCAGUCGCGAAGUCCACACCGUGGCCAAAGUGCCGCUCAAGGCCGCCGACAACUCUACCCCGCGAACCCGGCUCGAAACGCGCAGCCACAGUGCCUCGCGCGUCUCUGCUGCGAGGCCCUCGGGUCGGUUGGCGAGGAACUCUACCGUCAUUUCGUACUCGCCUACCAAGCGCGGUAGCGAUGACGUUCUAGUUCAACAACGCGGCGUAUCCAUCCCCCCCGUAACACCCCAAAAGACAGCCGAGCUCUGGUCAGCAAUGGGCACACCCGCCCGGACGCCACACCGCAACCUCGACUCGGCACUGCUCCGUGGGGCGGUUGUGUUUGUCGAUGUCUACACAAGCGAGGGCGAAGAUGCCAGCAGCAUCUUUGUCGAGCUGCUCACCCAGAUGGGCGCGCGGUGUGUACCGACGUGGGAAUGGAACCCGUCUUCGGAGUCUGAGUCGGACUCGAGGGUGGAAAUCACGCAUGUGGUGUUUAAGGAUGGGGCGAAGAGGACGCUGGAGCAGGUCCGUGUGAGUGGUGGGGUGGUGCAGUGUGUGGGUGUUAGUUGGGUCUUGGACUGCGAGCGCGACAACGAAUGGCUCGACGAAGCCCCCUACUCCAUCGACACCUCUCUCGCCCCCCGCAGCAAAAAGUCUCACCGACGCAAGACCAUGGAACCGCGCGCCAUGGCCAACCAACACAGCGGCGGGCUUGUCCCCUCUCCAUCCCCGGGCCGCAAAUCCACCGGCGGUUCGCAGACCGCUCCCACCACGCCUACCAACUAUAACAAGCGCAACCGUCGCGACAGCUCCCUCUGGGUGCGCUCUCCCGACAAGAGUUUUAACAUGGACGACGGUUCUGCAUCUGACGAUAGUGACGCGGAUGGUGACGACGAUGACGAUGUUGAGAAUCGCAACAACCCCCGGAACAACAACAAUCAGGUGGACUACACCCAAUGGGGCCCUCUCACCCCAGUCCCCAAAACCCCCGCCCCCGAGGCCAUCGCCCGCUACGUAGCCAACAUCACUCCCGGCUCGGCCACUCCUUCAAGCGUGGGCAGCAGCGUCGAUGAUGAGAAAGACAACGAUGAUCGCCGCCGUCGAGAGGAAAUGAUGCUCCAACGCACAUGCCCGCCGCCGAAGCGGACGGCGUUGGUAGAGUCCGGGCCGGUUCCGCUUGCGUUGCCGUUGAAUAGGGAGAGAGAUGAGAGUGUGAUGAUGCGGUUGAUGGCGGCGAGGAGGAAGAGUUUGCAGUUUGCGCCGAAGAUUGGGAGUCCGUUGUCGAAGGCUUGGAAGGCGUGGAAUUAA